AUGCACCUUACACAGCAACAUUCUGGUGAAACGGUAUCAUCAAUGGGUCUCUACUCUUACGUUGUGAGAUUAAAGAAUAGGAGAAGAACACAGAAAAAGGACAACAUUUACUGGUGGGGGGAUGUGAAAGCAAAACGAAAGAAGAAAGCAAAGGAGAUUGAAGAGAGAUUGAAAGAGGCUGAAAAGAAAGAAAAAGAAGAAAAAGAAAAGCAGAUGAAGGCCUCACUGCCAGAGGCUGAAAUUAAAAGGCUAGAACAGAUGGUAGCACAACAGAAGUUGGACGAUGUACGAGAGGAUGUUCUGGAAGCAAUAAGACAGAUGGACGCUGCAGAAAAUGCACAAAUCAAUAAAGAGCAAGAAGAGAAACAGCUACCUCCUGAGGUCGUAGACUGGGAGGAGAGCAAAGUAUACAAUUUUAUGGACCAGGACACCAAGAGGAGAGUCCAGAAAUACUGGCAAAAUGCACCAUCAGGAGUAUACUUCUGGGAUGGAAGACAGUAUGGAGCACAGGUUUCAAGACAGGAUUUAAAAGACAUGAUCAUGGAUGAACCGAUAGCAAGCAAUUGCAUCGAAUGUUAUGGAAUUCUCUUGACUGAUCAGCUGUUGGAGAAACAAUCACAAGGCUUGGAUGUCCCAACUUUUAUGAAUCCCUUAUGUUGGGUAAGUAGUGGAACGAUUAUCAAUCUACAUUCAAAGCAAAUAAUUCUUAAUUGA